UAAAGGCACAAAUUGACAUCCUCCAGUUCACUUACCUAACUACUUUCAAAAGUAAAAAAGUUCCAUACUGUCAACCAUCAAACAGUCAAACUGUCUGCUUCAAAGAAGAAAAACUCCAACCUCCAGUCACAGAAAAUGCACUGGCAAAAAUCUGUGACUUCAGAUCAUCAACAACAUAACCAGCCCCGACCAUAUCUUGGGGUUCGAGUGAAGGAACCUGUAAAAGAACUCCUGAAAAGAAAACGAGGACAUUUUAGCAAUACUAACACCUUAACACCCAUGGUGACUUCAACCUACCAGACAUAUCCUACCUAUGCCCCAAUGGUUUCAAAUUCCACUGACUUUUCCUAUGUUGAUACGACUGUUACCACGUCAGCAUUGCCUCUACAUGAUGAAGGAACUGUUUAUACAAGUUGGAUUUCCCAGCCUCCCACAGCUGCUUUCCAACCUUUAACCCAAUGGACAACAUGUCCAGAAUACAUUUCACAUGAAACUGUUAGCUGCCCAUAUACUGGAGAUAUGUAUGUCCAACCAAUGUGUCAAGGUUACACAGUGGUUGGACCACCUUCCGUUUUGACCUACACUUCUCAACCACUACUAACUAACUUCACAGCAAGAAGUGCCACUCCAGGCAUUGCUACCCAAAUUGAGUACACAGACCAGCAAGCGCCAUUUACUUAUAUUCCAUGGGCUCAGUCGAUCCCCACGAUUCCUGCAGCAAGUCACACCUUACCCUACCAGGCCACUCCAACCAUGCUCGGACAGCAAUUUGUCCCCAUACCCAUUUCACUUCCAGAACCUGUACCACAAGAACAUGAUGACACAAGACCAGAAAUGAACAAUAUAUCAAUUGAGAAACUACUUCAGGAGGAUGAAGAUAAUGAAACUUAUGCCAUACAACACACGCUUUCACUUGCAGGUCUUUAGUCAUCAUCAUCAACAACAUCAUCAUCACCAUCUUCAUAAUUAAGUUACAGAUAUGAGAAAAAAGGCUGAACUUGACGGACCCAAGUCUUUUGUUUCAGCCUAUAUAACUAUGUAACUAUGUAAGUUGAAUUUGAAAACGUUGGUUG